AUGUUCUCCUCGUCGAAUUCCUUCCUCGGCGGUGGUGCCGCUGGCCGUCCAGGCCAGGCACCAUUCAUUCAACAGCAGCAGCAGCCUUCAUACUCGCAAUUCCCCCAGGGCCAGCAGCAGCCACCAAUGCAGCAACCUCAACCGACUGGAUUUGUGCCACAGCCUACUGGAUUUGCCGGCCAGCCAUCGCCGUUCGGUAAUUCGCAACUUCAACCCCAGGCCACCGGCUUCCCCGCGGGACAGCUCCAGCCGCAGUUCACUGGAUAUCCCGGGCAACAACUACAACAGCAGCAGCAGCCCCAGCUGCAACCGCAGCAGACCUUCCAGCAGCCUCAGUAUACCGGUUACCCUCCCCAGAACCAGGCCGCGACUCAGGCCCAGCCGCAAGCCCCACAACUUCAGGUGUCCCAGCCCACGGGACUCCCUGCUCGAUUGAAGACCUCAUCUGAAAUUGCGAGCUCUUUCCAAUCAGAUGGCGCCUCGGGGGCACCUCCGCAAGUUCCGCCCAAGACGGGAUCAAGAAUUCCGAGUAUCCGGCUCUCGUUUAUCACUGCUCAAGAUCAGGCCAAAUUUGAGCAGCUCUUCAAAUCUGCAGUCGGCGAUAGCAAGACAAUGGAUGGCGACAAAGCGAGAGACCUUUUAAUGCGCUCGAAGCUUCCCGGCAGCGACCUUUCCAAGAUCUGGGUGCUAUCAGAUUCUACCAAGUCAGGACAGCUGUUCUUCCCCGAAUUCGCGCUGGCUAUGUAUCUAUGUAAUCUUCGCAUUACUGGGCGCGAUGUACCCGCAACUUUACCCGAAACAAUCAAGAAUGAAGUUUCCAGCAUGGUCGACAUCAUCUCUUUCGACGUUCCUGAUACACAACCGGAACCUGCUCCACGAACCAACGUCCCUAGCUUCGAUGCGCCUUUGCUCGAAAACAAGUCUACGCCACCGAUUGUCCAACAGCCCCAGCCCCAGCAGGCAAGCAAUCAGCAGCUCUUGUCGCAGCUGACUGCUCAGCCUACUGGAUUUUUCCCUCAGCAGACUGGUCUGCAGCCCCAACAGACUGGAUUCCCGGGACAGAAUCAAUCGCAAUUCCUUCAGCCCCAGCAGACUGGCUUCAUGAACAACCCGCAGGCUACUGGAUAUACCGGACCCCGGCCUCCUAUGCCACCUAUGCCUACAGGGUUUGGCUCGAACCUUAGCCCUGCACAGACCGGAGGAUUGGCCGCCCAGCCUACAGGCCUGACUGCACAGCCUACCGGUAUUCCCGGACAGUGGGGCUUCAUCAACACCCCUGCACAGGGAUUGCCUAACAUCGAGGCUAUGAAGCAGCAGCUCAUGCCUCAGCCUGGUCGCGAGGGUGGGUUUACCACCGCCAAUUUGUCUGGAAAUGCUACUGUAGCCUGGGCAAUUACCAAAGAAGAGAAGAAGAUCUAUGAUGAUCUCUUCCGUGCCUGGGACGGAUUUCGGAAGGGAUUCAUUGGUGGCGAAACUGCUAUCGAGAUCAUGGGACAGAGUGGAUUGAACCGAAAGGAUCUGGAGCGGAUCUGGACUCUGGCGGAUCCACACAACCGCGGCCGUCUCAACAUGGAUGAGUUUGCCGUUGGCAUGCAUUUGAUAUAUCGUGCUCUCAACGGCUACCCUGUUCCUAGUCGUCUUCCCCCCGAGCUCAUCCCUCCUUCUACCAGGCAUCUGAAUGAUUCAAUCGGCACUGUCAAGUCGCUUUUAUCGCAAGAUGCCGAGACUCGCAAGGCUACUGGCGCUUUCUUACAGCCCCAGAAGACCGGCGUUAGCUAUCUGAAGGACCACUCCUUCCGUGGUGGCAGUUCUUCUCCUGGUGUCGGCCGCAAGGAUGCGACCAUGUUCAAGAAUAACGACGCUGCAGGUGGCUACCGCUCUAGCGCGCGACGUCGUGUUGGAAAUGAUGGCCGCACCCCAUCGCCUGCCCCAUCUUCUCAAACAUCUGAAGGCGAGGAACUCUCCGUUGAACAAUUGCAGAAGAAGAUCCGUGAGACCAAGAUCAUGUUGGAUGCCGUCGACUUCCAAGAUGAGAAUCGGGCCGAAGAUGAUGAUGCGCUUGAUCGCCAGGAUCGCCGUGAGGCUGAGAGUCUUAUGGAUCGUAUUCGUCGUGUCCAGGAUGACAUUGAUACGCACCCCAACGCUGGGUUCCGCCAACUGGACAACGGAGCGGACCGAAGGGCUCUUCGCCGGCAGCUCCAGUCGUUUGAAGACCAGGUUCCCCAGGUUGCAUCUGAUGUUCGUCGAAUUGAGCGCGAGAUCGCUGACGCGAAGCUGGAGCUUUUCCGACUCAAAGAUGCAAGGGCCAACCCGGGCAGUGCCGCCAACAUCGUUGGCACUGGUCCUGGUGGCGCAGUGACCGAGGCUGACCGAAUCAAGGCUCGCGCUCGUGCGCGUAUGCAAGCCCGCGCUGCUGAGCUCGCAGGUCGCCCUGCCCCUGCAUCCGCGGAUGACGAUGGCCAAGCUGCUCGUCGUUUGGAAGCCGAGAGUGCCGACGUCAAGUCCGAAAGAGAGCGCAAUGACACUAUGACUCGCGAUGUCGAGGAGAGUGUUCGUGACUUUGCGAAGAGUUUGGAAGACAGCCUGCGUGACGAGGGCGAGAACUCAACCCGCGAGCACGAAAAGCGCCGCUGGGAGGAUGCCCUCGGCGUGGAAGACAUCAUUCGUGACUUCAUCUACGAUCUUAGCCGUAACAAACGAACUGUUCAUAUUCGCCAGGAAGAACGAGAGCGUUCUUCUCAGUAUAGUUCUCCGCCUGUCGAGUCGCCUGCGGCCCGUCCCUCCAUGCCCGCUUCAACUGGCUCCUCUGGGUCUCUUCCCGGAAAUACGCACGAGGACCGUGUGGCUGCUGCCAGGGAGCGUGCGCAGAAGCGAAUUGCUGAACGUAUGGCUGCUGCUGGUCUGAAGCCAAGCGAUGCCGGGGAGACUUUGAGCCAGCGGCAAGAGCGUGAGAAGCGAGAGCGCGAGGAGCGCGUGAAGCGCGCCGAGGAGGAGGAUGCCAAGCGAGAGCAGGAGAGACAGCGCCGUCUGGCCGAAGAGCGCGGUGGACCUAGCGCCGCGGCGCCCAAGAUGGCUGGCAAGAAGCCGCCUCCAGCGCCCCCUACUCGUCGAGGUCGGACUGAUAGUGCCGGUCAGGCUGACGCAAAGAAGGCCGAGGAUGCUAAGGAGCAGGCUAUUCGUGAACAGGCUCUUAGAGAUGAGCAAGAAGCACAGGAGGCAGAGACUAAACGUCUUGAGGCGGAGGCUCAGGAGCGUCAAGAUGAGUUCCAAAAAGAGAAGGAGGCCCAAGAAGCCCGGCUUCGUGCUCUCGAAGAACAAGUCCGCCAGGGCAAGGUCAAGAAGCAGGAGGAGAAGCAGCGCAAGGAGGAAGCGGCCCGACUGGCCAAGGACCGAGAGGCCAGGUUGGCCGCCCAGCGUGCGGAACUCGAGGCAGCCAAGGAGCGAGAGCGUCAGUUACAGCGCGAGCUGGAGGGUAUGGAUGAUGAGAGCUCCUCUGAUGAUGAGGGACCCGUCGACAUUGCUCCUCAGGACCGUACUCCGACCCAGAGUCAAGUCUUGUCUGCCCCGCCUCCUAUUCCCACCGUCUCUAUUCCCGAGCCUCCCGCGGCUCCGGAGCCCGAGAAGAUCUCUAGCCCCGAAGCUGCGUCUUUGCCGGCUACCACUCCCGACUCCGAGUCCAAGAACCCUUACUUCAAGUCUCUGGGCCAUCCGUCUGAGCCCUCUCAGGCCACCUCGCCCCCAGCCGCCCAGUCGACCAACCCCUUCCACCGCCUCGCACAGCAAGAGAAGCAAGAACCCAUCAAGCCCACCUUUACCGGAGCUGUCCCUCUCGAGCGCAAGACUCGCGCCCGUCCCGAGGAUGAUGAUGACUGGUCUGCUGCCGGAUCCGAGUUCGACUCGUCCGAUGACGAGGACGAUCGUGCUGGCGGUGGUAGCGCCAAGCAGCUUGCAAGCAUCUUGUUCGGCACCAUGGCCCCUCCGCGUCCUCUGAGCGCCAUGGAAGAGGACAAGUCCGCAACCCCCGUACAGGCUACCCCUGUCGCUCCCCCGCCGCCUCCCCCCGCCGCGGUCUCUCCACCAGCUAGUGACGAUGUCACUCCUCCUGCUGCCCCCGCUGGUCUUGCACCACCACCUCCUCCCCCACCGCCAGGAGCUCCCGCUGCGGUACCACCACCUCCACCACCCGGUGCUCCUCUCGCCGCACCACCUCCACCUCCUCCCAGCGGCGCACCAGGUAUUCCCCCUCCGCCUCCGCCUGCUGGUGCACCCCCGCCUCCUACGAUGCCCGCUGUUGGUGGUGGUGGCGGUGAUCGCUCUGCCCUCCUCGCGUCUAUCCAAGCCGGCAAGGGUCUUCGCAAGGUGCAAACCAACGACCGCAGCCAGAGUAACUCGGCCGGCCGUGUCCUGUGA